GCUGAAGGUAAAGGACAGAAAACAGAAACAGGAAGAGUUCCCGGCACACAAAACCAAAUACCAGAGUCUACUGCAGCAUCACAGGGUAAUCAAGAGGCAUCGAGCACCACAUCUGAUAGUAACAGUACAGCUGGCAACUCUAAUCCUAACCAGGAACCUCCUGCAACUGGUGAUGCGACUGCCGUACCAGACUCACACGAAACCAAUUCCAUUACUCCGCCAAGCCCCGAGAACACAACCACAGAAGCACCAACCACCACUCCAUCUCAUGUACCCAAUUCAGAGAUUAACACCAUCACUACCACCGUGCAGAACAAGGCUAAUGUUGACAGCAGUAUCAAUACUUUGUGGAUGCGCACUACUGCACCGCUACUUGUUGUGAUUGUGUUGUUCUCCUUUACCGUGUACUGA